CUCAAGCAUACAGUAUGUCUCAAAACCUCUGAACACAAACAUGGAGUCUUUCCCUCUCCUUCAGCAACUUCUCUGGAUCUCCCUUCUGUGUUCUGCCGACUUCUAUGUAUCUGGUCAGAACUGCAGAGGGAGGGAGCCAGUCAUCGAUCCUCCUGCUCUUGUGGUGAAGUACGGAAGUCCAGCUACAGCAACCUGCCGCACUGAGUACAAUACUACCAGGAUGAGCUGGGAGGCAACAAUGGGAGCUUCAAGCAAAGAGAACACACAGCAGCUGGUCUGGAGUGUGGACAGUGUGACUGACUGGUCACUGAAGGAAGGCAUAUUAUGGUUAGCCAUCUAUGAAUAUGAACCCUGUACGACUCAUCUACCCAUCACCAUUUAUAAAAUUCCAGAGAAUGUAGACCUUGUUAUACAUAAUGCUGGUCCACUGGUGGAGGAACACACAUACUGGCUGGAGUGUGAGGUUCAGAGUGUGGCUCCAGUUAACAACCUCACCGUCAUCUGGUUCAGAGGGGACAGCAAGCUGGAACAGUCAGACUUCACUCAGUUCAAUAUUGAGGGCGACGGAGAUCAGAACGUCACUGUGAGGGCUAAUCUGAGUAUCAUAGCUUCCAGAGAGGACAACAGAGCCUCCUACAGCUGUGCUGCCCAACUGGAUCUUGAGAACACAACAGACACCACCUCUAAUAUCGUCCAGCUGGAAGUAUUCUACAAACCCAGAUUAGUGAGCCUCAACCAAAAUGUGAGCUUAACAGAGGGGGACCGUCUGGAGUUGAACUGCACUGCUGAUGCCAACCCCAGCCCCACAUAUGAGUGGAGACGCGACAACAAGACCCUGGAGAACAACAGCAGCAGCAGCAGCACUCUCCUCAUCGAGUCUGUAGAGAUGGACAGUGCUGGUGUCUAUGAGUGCAUCGUCAGCAACACUCAGGGGAAAGUCUCUGUAAAGAUAAGAGUGGAUGUCAGGAACAACCCGAGGGGAAUCAUAAUAGACAACCCAAGGACAAUCAUAAUAGACACACCGAGGGCGAUCAUGAUAGGUGUGGUGGUCGUAGCGCUGGUCGUGUUCCUGGUUUUAGUGGUUCUGAUCAGGAGGAAGCACUGCAAAAGAAAUGAGCCCCACCAAUGAGAGCCCCUCCAUGUGAAAUGAAAUCAGCAGAAGCAGGAGAAGAGCCUCCGAUCACACUCAAGGUCCCAAAAUCAUGUCUGGCCAUGAUACUGCAUACCUUGUGAGAAUUUGCAUAUUUUUUUAAAUGUUUAAUAAUCUUAUUCAUAUAACCACUGCUCCCUGAAUGCAAGGAAAUGGGAUACAACAUGGAUAAGAGAUAAUGCUUAAUUGGACCGAAAUAAUUGACACAGUUGAAUCAUAUGAGCAUUGUAUGUGUUUUCUUGGAUAUGUAUGUACAUAUCUUGGUAUGCCAUUAUAUACAUUACACAGGGUUCCCACGGGUCAUGGAAUUUCUGGGAUGUCAUGGAAUUUCUAAGUAUAUUCCAGGCAUGGAAAUCAGGCAUUGAAAAUGAUCAUUUUUGGGUCAAAGUCAUAGAAUAUCAGGGAAUUUUGUUGUAGCAGUUUAAAAUGUGCUAGACUGGGCGGCGGUCAUAUUUCGUACUGCUCUGUGCUACAUCUAGUUUAGCUCCAAUGUAGUCAUGUUACAAUUUGCAAAAUUCUACUCCAAGGAGCAAAACACCUCCACAGAUUUGCACAGCAUAACACACAAUGUCUGCCUCACCCUUUUUGCAAAACAUUACACACAGUGAUUUGUAAAACUCUACACACAUUUUCACACCUUAUGGCCUCCUUACACCAAACAACUUUGACAAGAUUUGGGAAAGAUUCUUGAAAGAUUAAAAGUCUUUUUUGAGAAAAGCUUGAAUGGGGGGCAUUAGUUGAAAGACUACAAUCUUUCAAGAAUCUUUCCCACAUUUUGUCAAAGUUGUUUGGUGUAAGGUGGCCAUUAGACACAGAUAAGGAUUGUGAAGUUACUUCCUUGUCAUUGCAAAGCCCCGGAUGGCCAAUGACCACACUAAUGAACGAAUUGGAUACAUUAAUCACAUCCACCAGGUGUGGAAGCACACAUGUGCUAAUUUGUAAACACAGCACUCAGGUGUACUAUAAAAGGCAGCAGCUUUUACAGUAGUUUUUCUUCAGAGUCAAAGUCUAUGUACUUCAUGCAGUCAUUUUUAUUUGUCUACAAAUUUUACUGUAUUUGUUUCUUUGAUUUCAUUGUUGGUUGAUUACUGUAAUGAUUACUGUACUGUACUGAUUAUGGUAAGAAAUACUGUAUUUCAAGUAUUGAAAUAAAUACUUAAAAAUA